AUGACGGCAGACGACUUCGAUGCUGAUCAAAGAUCCCAGCACACCGACGAAAGCAUCAUAAAUCGAAAAAGGGAAUUGAAAGGCCUGUCCAGCAGUUUUUCAUCCAACAUCGGCCAACGAAUCCCACCCUCCCAUCUCUCAAGCACCUCUAACCCGUUAAAGAGCGAUGGUCGCUCUGUCAAGUCCAUCGUAGCUUGGCUUGAAUCAGCGUCAACCAACGCUGAUACAUCAAGGUAUUCCGGCGAUGAUAUCAAAUCUGUUCACUCCGUCGGAACGAUUUCGUCGGCAGGCUCGAAUUCAUCUCUUCUGAGUCGGCAUACGAUACCGGGGGCCUCAGAUGUGGAGGAGUAUUCCUUGACACUUCUGAAAUACAAGAAAUACUAUACAGAGGUCCCGCUGGGGAGAUGCCUAGACGGUCACGAACAAGAUGAGGCGGAAAUAUCUUGCGACACACAAGUUGGAAAUACGCCUACAGAGGUUAGUCUACUGCAGGAAUCCGAUGAAUUCAGCUCUGGCAUGUGCUCAGCUCCAGAUCAACAGCUUUCUGUACAUUUGGAACCAGGCUAUGGGGGAGACUCAGCAAGGAUAGGCGACAAAGAGCCAAACUCUAUUAAUAAAGAAGAUUGCCAUGUGGAGGAGAUACAUCUUUUUCAUCGAGAUCCUGAAGAGGUGAUCGCAUUCUAG